CGAAACCCCAGGGCAUCCCACCUGCCGCCGCCUGGGAUUCCGGGCCCGCAGCCCACCGCCGGCGGCUGGGCGCAGCCGAGGGCUGGGGCGCCCGGGACUCGCGUCUGUGGGUGUCGCCCCCGCAGCCGCGGCGCGGAAGGGGGACGUCCCGGCCUCGGGGCCACUGCCCUCGCUUUUUCUGCAUUGUCGCGAACGCUGUCCGCCUGGGAGGCACCCGGCGACCGGCGUGAUGAGUGCCAACGAGGACCAGGAGAUGGAACUAGAAGCAUUACGUUCUAUUUACGAAGGAGACGAAAGUUUCCGGGAGUUAAGUCCAGUUUCAUUUCAAUAUAGGAUAGGUGAAAAUGGUGAUCCCAAAGCCUUCUUAAUAGAGAUUUCCUGGACAGAAACAUAUCCCCAAACACCUCCAAUUAUAUCUAUGAACGCUUUUUUUAACAACACCAUAUCAUCAGCUGUAAAGCAGAGUAUAUUAGCCAAGUUGCAAGAAGCAGUAGAAGUUAAUCUUGGAACCGCUAUGACCUAUACAUUAUUUGAAUAUGCCAAGGACAAUAAAGAGCAGUUCAUGGAGAAUCACCAUCCCAUUAAUUCUGCAGCAUCAAUGAGCAAUAUGAUCUCAGCUGAAACUUCUAAUACAGCCUCAUCAAAUAAGAAAAAAGACAAAAAAGAACAACUUUCAAAAGCCCAGAAGCGUAAGCUGGCAGAUAAAACAGAUCACAAAGGAGAACUUCCUCGAGGUUGGAACUGGGUUGAUGUUGUAAAGCAUUUAAGCAAAACUGGCUCUAAAGAUGACGAAUAGUGCUUGGAAUUUGAGACAAGGAAAGAAGAUUCUUUUAAAAGCAAACUGGGUUCACAGUCUUUCAUUACUAUUUUAUGGUAUUGAGGUGGCUUUUUAUAAAACAAUUUUUUGUAUGUUUCUUACAUUAAAGAUGUGAGCUGAAAGUUCAUGAAGAGAUCUGGUUGUAUUAAAUUAUUUUCACAAACUUGCCUUAAUAAAAGGUGAAAAUGUUACUGUUUAGUAUACUUUAUAAAGCCUGUUGAGCUUUAAAAGUGGACAAAUAUGGGGAAAAAUAAUCAGUGUUAAUUUAUAUUAUCUUAUUCUAAUGGAUGUGAUAUUUUUUAAAGGAGUAUGAAGCCCUUUUCAAACUGUCAUCCCAGUGGAGUCGAAUAUUAACUGAACAGUUAUUCCAUAGCAUGAUCCAUUUUAAUAGGCCUCUCAUCUUAAGCAAAGUCUUCAUCUCUUCUUUUGCUUAAUUACUGAACCAUAAAUUGCUUCAGAGAAAUUUAAAUACCAGUAUUUCAACUUUAUACAUGACACUCUUUGUAGUUCCUUUUUAUUUUUCAAGAGUGAACAGCUUCCCUUUAAUAAAUUGAUAUCUAUUUAUACUUUUCUCUUGAUUUGGGUCAAGAUGUUUGAUCAUGAGAGCUUUCAAUGGUAUGUGGAAUAGGAGAAUAUAAAAUCUGCCAGAAACUUUAGAAAAGCAUUUGAUUAAGGAGUGCUGGCUCUUAUUUACAUUCUCUUUGAUGCAUACACCAGGAUGGGAGUAAAAGAUGCCUUAAUAUUUAAUUUUUAUAUUGUUGGAAACAGUGAUUUUAAUAAAUUCCUAUUUAUCUGCUACUGUGUGUUUUUAGUUGUUGGACAACUGAGGUCUUCUAAAUGCUUCAACAGAAAACCACCUCUCAAGUCUUAUUUCUUUUUGGAGUGUCAUUUUCAAGUGUGAAAAUAUAUCUCAAUCUGAGCAUCUUUUUAAUAAUGUACAUGGAAGUCUUCCAAAUGCUGGACUGUUACAGUGCUUGAUUUUGUAAUCAUUAAUAGAAGAAAAUGUUUGUAUAGUUUUACCAAGAAAAGUUACUGGUGUUUAUGGUUUACAGUGAUUUUGUAUAUGCUCCCCAGCUUUAAGAACACUUAGAACUACUGCUGUAUCUGAAAGAGUAGAUUGUUAGUUCCUCAAGGUAUACCUGUGCAGCUUGGGUCUGAGUUUUUAAAGAAUAAUUAACUUUUAAAGAGGUUAUCUUAGCAUUAGAGCAGCUUGACUUGUAUCCAUGGUUUUUACUGGUUAACUUUAGCUUUGGUUAAAUUGUUUGAAUUAUAAAGUAAGUAUAAUUACAGUGAAGGAGUUUAGUCUCAUUUUCAAAAGCUGAAUCAUUUUAUUUUUUGAAUUAGAGCAAAAUAUGUUAAAAUUCAGGACCACUGGAAUAUACCAACUUUGGUUACAGGAUUGUGUAUGUGUAGUUUUUAUUGUUGUGUUGAUUUGUCUGCUUAUUUUUUUAAGAAACAUCUACUAGUGGAAGAAAAUGUUUUGUUCUGAAGAUUCUGAAAUUGUUCAGGCUUAUCUUGGCUCAUGGAUUGCAAAGAAUAAUGCUAGUUAUAUGCCAAUGAACUAUUUUUACUCUUUUUAUAUGAAAUGUACGAAUUUCUAGGGGUGACGGUGAGAGUGGUGCCUCUAAUUACCUUAUAUAAAACACUUGAACAGUCUCAUCGAUAUUGCCAUCACUGUUUAAUACUCUCAGUAUAUUUUCUCAAUGUCUGUUUACUUAAAAUUGUGUAGAGAGACAUAAUUAAUAAGCAAUAAAGUCUGAAUUACAAUGA